UUCUAUACCAUCAGCUUGUCCUUACCGUGAAAGGGGUGGAGCGAUUAUAGUAAAGCUCGUGUGUUUUCCUGUUGUGGCAGGCGAAACCUAAUCGUUUUCACUCACAGACAAACAAAAUAUGUAUUAACCGCCUUUAAGCGCAUAUAUUCCGAAUACAGGCUAUUCUUUUAACUAGUUCUUAGCGGUCUGAAAGAGUAUAACAACCCGACGAAAGGCGAUUCGCGACGAAGACCGCUCGUUAAGAAGACUGGUGGGACUUCAGUGGACCGUCUCGGUUUUUGGAAGCAGUUUGUCAUUCUUCCCAAGGAAGUGGCCUAUCUCCUAAGAGCACAGAACUGUGACAGACAAACGGGCCCAAGAACAAGAUGGAUUGGGCUGAGGACCGGUUGUGCUGCCUGGGAAAGGGUGGUUGCCCACUGGAAAGGCGUAAAGGCGUCUGAUCCAGAGGCAGAAAUACAUGUGGGGGUAUGUCACCAUGAGCCGUCCUAUAGCAGCCGACAGAUACUCACCCUGCGUAUGCUGAGCAAAGCGGCGAGGGUCGUGUCCACCUCAGUCUCCUGUGAUUGGUCGCUGGAUGGAAUCAAGGUGAAUGGAACACAAAGAGCAGGAGCUUAACCUGCCAGAGGGAGAUGAGACACGGUGGCCGAAUGGAGUGAAGAGAAAAAGAAAGAACAGUCAAUGCUCUAUGAAGAGCACUUCUGUGAAGAUCAUCUCUGUUCCAGGGUAUGUUCCCAGCUACCUGGAGAAAGAUGAGCCAUGUGUGGUAUGUGGGGACAAGGCCACGGGCUACCAUUACCGCUGCAUCACAUGUGAGGGCUGCAAGGGUUUCUUUAGGAGGACAAUACAGAAGAAUCUUCACCCUGCCUAUUCCUGCAAAUAUGACAGCUGUUGCAUCAUUGAUAAAAUCACCCGCAACCAGUGCCAGCUGUGCCGCUUCAAGAAGUGCAUCUCGGUGGGCAUGGCCAUGGACUUGGUGCUGGAUGAUUCAAAGCGUGUGGCCAAGAGGCGUCUGAUCGAGGAAAACCGGGAACGGAAGAAGAAAGAGGAGAUGGUGAAAACACUGCACAAUCGGCCUGAGCCCACCGUCUCGGAGUGGGAGCUGAUUCGAAUGGUGACGGAGGCUCACCGCCACACCAAUGCCCAGGGCCCUCACUGGAAACAGAAACGCAAGUUCCUACCAGAAGACAUCGGGCAGUCUCCAGCCCCCACAUCAGACAACGACAAAGUGGACCUGGAGGCCUUCAGUGAGUUCACCAAGAUCAUCACCCCUGCCAUCACACGAGUUGUGGACUUUGCCAAAAAGCUGCCCAUGUUCUCUGAGCUGCCCUGUGAAGACCAGAUCAUCCUGCUGAAAGGCGGCUGUAUGGAGAUCAUGUCCUUGCGUGCAGCGGUGCGGUACGACCCGGAGAGCGAGACGCUGACCCUGAGCGGGGAGAUGGCUGUCAGUCGAGAGCAGCUGAAGAACGGAGGGUUAGGAGUGGUGUCUGAUGCCAUCUUUGAUUUGGGCAAGAGCCUGUCACAGUUCAACCUGGAUGACUCCGAGGUGGCGCUGCUGCAGGCUGUACUGCUCAUGAGCUCAGAUCGUUCCGGACUCACGUGUGUGGAAAAGAUCGAGAAGUGUCAGGAGAUGUACUUGUUAGCAUUCGAGCACUACAUCAACCAUCGCAAGCACAACAUCUCACACUUCUGGCCCAAGCUGCUGAUGAAGGUGACGAACCUGCGCAUGAUCGGCGCCUGUCAUGCCAGCCGCUUCCUGCACAUGAAAGUGGAGUGUCCCACAGAACUCUUCCCCCCGCUCUUCCUAGAGGUCUUCGAGGAUCAGGAGGUGUGACCGAGAGCAAAAGGGGAACUCGGGGAGGGAAAACUGAUCGUGAAUUUGUUUUCGCAAAGCAUUUGUAUUUUUUGCCUCCUCAUGCAAUGCCGAUCCGGGACAUGUACUUAAUUUUGCACCGUCAGCUCUGUCUAGCAUAUGUUUUGGGUUGUCGGCCUCCACAUCUUUGGACCCUACAGUCACUUGCCAUUCAGAUUCCUCCCACAGACGGACAAAAAGCUAGCAUGCAUCAACCUACCUCUCAUACCGACAUACCUCCCAACCUCAGAAGGAGCUUAUUUUAAAAGAGUGACGAAGAAACCCACACAUUCAAAAGCUGUUGUUGUAAGUACAGAGGAAACGUCUAUGAGCAACAUCGAACACCUGCAGUUGGGCUCUACACGGUUAACCUAAUUUUUCUCUUACUACAGUAGUAUUUCAGCAUUCAUCUUCCUCUUUACACACAUAGAAUAUAUCCUGUGUGAACAUUACUACCGGUGUGCACUCGUACACUCUGUACAUACAUUAAUAUGAUGUGUGAACUUCUCAUACCUCAUAUACACCAGCAUACAGACAUACAUGUAGCAGCAUGUCCAUACAUGUAUGUAUGCGUACUAUUCUGCCUGCAUUAAGCCAUUUAUCUUCUUACAAUGCAGCGUCUACAGUCCUCACAUACCUUCCUAUCUACCAUAUCCACUUGUAUGUUACUUAAGCUGAACAUUUUGUGACCUCAUUUUCUAAAUAGCCUCUUGUCGCUUUCUGGCGUGUGACCCAUAUAGCUGUGGUGAGGUAUUUCCUCCUGUAUUCAUCUGUCCUUGUGUUGUCCGUUUGGGCAGACAGAUUGAUGUACAUAUGUAUUAGGCCAUAUGCUGUGGUUUGAGACACAUCCGUCUCCUUAUUUUGGCCUUCAAAUCGCUCAUUGUGCUCCAAUUGACCUGGCUCAUCAGAUAGUAGUACCAUAUGGUAUUACAUAGAACUUCAGAGAAUAAUAUGGUAUUAUAAAACAUGGUAGUGCCAUGGUAUUUAUUUUAGGAGAAUAUUACCCCUGAAAUCCAUCCAUCAUGCCAUUUAUGUGGACAAAUUAGCAGUACAGGGUGGUGAAUGAUUCCUGAAAUCAGAAUUUGACAGAUGAUAACAAAAACAGAAACUAAGGGUUAGAUCAUUAGAGUAAUAGGUUACAUUGGGGCUAAACAUCAAAAUGACCACUUCAACAAAAGGGGUUAAACAAUUUUCUGUUUAUUUAAUUGUGUUAUAUGGAAAUAUGAUUAAAUACUAAAAUUAUUUUAGUAUCGUAUUUAAAAAUGUGUUUUUGCUACAUUUUUUCACACAUUAAUCUCCAUUGUUAUUGGAGCAGUCAGUUCAAAACUCAAAAUUUGAAAACUCUGUCAACAUUUACUCACCCUCAAGUUGUUCCUGUUGAGCACUUAAUAAGGGCCUUAUAUAUCAACAGUGCAUAUGCACAGAUGUGUGCGUAAUGAGAGCAUAAGCACAGUUUCACACAAAGUGUGUGAUCUACCAACUUAUACUUAUAUGUAGGAAUAUGUGUAAAUAUAAGCACAAAAUAUAGAAACUUUUCUACGCACUGUUGAUAAAAGAGGCCCCAAAUAUUUUGGAGAAUGUUAGUAACCAAACAGUUGACGGUACCCAUUGACUUCCAUUGUAUGGAGAAAAAAAAAUACCCUGGACCAUCAACUGUUGGGAUACCAGCAUUCUCCAAUAUAUACUCUUUUGUGUAUAGAUAUGUAAAGAUAUGUUGCUACUUUCAGCUAAAAUAAAAGUCAACUAAAAGUAUUUACCUAAUACAAAUUUUUCCCAAUUACGGAUUCAUUCAUUUACUAAUUGCUAGUUUUCUGAAAAUCAAGUUUUUGUUGCAAAAUAUAUGAUAAAAUUUCAGGGAUUCUCAUUAGUUACAUCUGCAACAUUUACAAUAAAAAAUAAAUAAAUAAAUAAAUAAUAAAUGACUUCAAAUAAUUAGCUUUAUUUUGCAGUGCAUAACAACAAACAGGUUGUUAUGCACUGCAUAAGGAGGAAGGACUUUUAGCCCCAUUGUACCCUACAUCUCUGCUGAUUUUGAAAGUAGAGAACUUACAAUCUCCACAACCUUCUUAGAAGAGGAAAUGAAAUGAGUGUCACUUACCUCUCCAUGUCUUCAAACAGACUCUACCUCACCCCUCGUCUGUGUAUCACAGUCUACAAAGCACUUUUUUCCACUCACCUGCUCAUGCAUAUAUAUUCUUGCUUAAACCUGUACAUAAACAUGCACACAUGUACACUACAAAGUCACAUGCGUGUGAUAGCAACCUCUCUCAUGUGUGUGUGUGUAUACUGCUUUCCCUUUCACUUGUGAUGUGGGACCAAGUGUCAGUCUUGUUCCCUGUUUCUGAGGACAGUAAGAAUGUGCCGGACUGAAUGAAUUUCACUGUGCUGUGACAGAGCUUACCGAUUGCUUAGCAGAUUAUUUUGCUUUAGAGAAGCAGCACAGGAAGAUGGCUCCUGAGUAACACGAACCUCAUUUUUUGUCAGUCCAGUUCCAUGGUCCCUGUGCCUCCAAACCUGACCUGUUCAUGUGCGCCCGUACAUCUCACACAAGAACUUUACAUGAACUCUUCCCCAGCAAAAGACACAGCCAGACUCCCAAAGUAGUUUAACCAGAUACAUUUUUCUGGUUCAGAUGCAUAGCAGGGUUUCAAUGUCCUUUUUGACUGAUACUAUGUCAGUAUGGCUCCAGGAAGUGACACGCAGCCUCCAUUUAAAGUGACACAGAGGAACAAAAGGGCAGAAAGGACAGACUCACUGUGACUAGCUAAACUCAGGCACGGAGCUCCCAUGAGGCCAUGCACCUGACUCAGGCUCAAUCUAAGCCACCAGCACUGCAGACAUGCACUGCCCACAGUCACAAUCUACUGCACCAGCAAGGGUCAGCUCAGCUGAGCCCUGCCCACAGACCCUGUUUUUGAUAACGGGGAAUCAGGAAGCCAUUUGUUUUGCUGGACGUCCAAACCUGGUUUACAGCACUUUCAUUAGAGCAGAAUUCAGUCCUUUACACCUAGCCAGAUCAUGAAUAUAUUGAUUGAGACUUUGACUCUUAAAGGGGUCGUAUCAUGAUAUUUUGAAAUAAAAGUUAAUUGUACUAUGAAA